GAGACUUAAAGAUGCUGUCACUACAAAUAAAAAAAGACGAGGUCAAGUUUGGUUCUUCCUCGCCGAAGAUGAAGGCUAGAAGGGUUAUGAGUUUACCCGGUGGGGAGACAGAUACGAUUGACGAAUGCACAGAGAGUGAUUUGACUGAUAAAUACGACUUUACACUGGAGAAAAAGGAAAUAGUAUCCAAACAGCAGUUUCUUCCACUGAUAAGAAGCCAAUCUGCCAAGUCCAGGCGAACACCUUCUUUGAUACACCACUCGUCACCUCCUCCUUCGCCUAGAGCUUUCCAUAUUCUACGAACAAACUCUCUCAGCUCAAGCACUUCGAGUUUAAGGGAGACAGAUAAAGACAGACCAAGCUCUGGUGCCAAGGAUUGCCAACAAAGAAUCUCGCCAAGGUAUAGUUUGAAUAAAUUAGGGCGAAGUAGUACAGCUUCACCUGUUUUAACAGCAAAAUUUCCCAAGAAUCACUCACCACCGAUCGCGAUCGAGCGAAGGGUUACCACGGGUGCAAGCCCGCCUACAAGUGGACCAAAUUCACCCACCAUCACUCAUAGAGGACUAGCAAUAAAACCACCAUCUCGAAACACAAAUAUACAAAGUACAACAAAAAACAAACAAGAAAAAACAAAGGUGUUUUCGCGUUUAUAUCAAGUCCAACCGAAAACUAAGAAGACGGUGGAAGAACUCCUAGAAGCUCAUGAUAAACCAACGACCCCUAAGUUGGAUCGGAGACGAAGGUCUUUAUCGAUGCCUGAUCUGACUGACAUGAUGGAUGGCUUACGUAAUUGUAGAUAUUUACGUACGAACAGUACAGAAGAUGAUUGAAUGACCUUGUCGUUAUAUUAUGUUCUUAUAUUGCCACUGGUUAGAGAGGGCCUUUGAAUUUAAAGUAUAUAAAAAAUUGGACACUUUAGUCGGUCCCUUGAGAGUGAAUGAAAUACAAUAUACUUUUAGGCAAGAGUUUUGACCAUUUUACAUUAUGUACUACGGCACUACGUCGUUGCUAUGUUUUGGCUAGUCAGGGUCAUUGAAUCCAAAAAAAUGGACAUGACUUAGAACAGCCCCUUGCAACGGAAUGGGACACUUUUAGGCACGAUUUCACUUUUUGAACAGAGUUGAGAGUGAAUGGUUUAAUCUGUUUUUAAAUAUU